AUGUAUUGGACAAUAAAGGAAAAGGGUGAUUACAACCAUAUGGUAUGGAGAAAUGGAAAAGGAAAAUCAACACAAAUUCAUAUUGAACCUUCAAAUUUCACAUUAAAUGAUCCAUUUACAUGGAGAAUUAGUCAAGCUGUUGUAGGAUGUGCAGGACCAUUCAGUUCAUUUGAAGGAUAUAAUAGAACAUUAUUAAUUUUAAAAGGAAAUAAACUAUCACUAUUUCAUAGACAAAAACCAAAUGAAUCAAUAGAUAUAAAUUACUUUGAACCAUACAAUUUUAAUGGUGGUUGGGAAACUGAUUCAAUUUUUUUACCAAAUGAAUAUAACUAUAACAACAAUGCUAAUGAUAAUACAAAUAAUAACAUUGCAAUUGAACAACAAAAUAAUAAUUUCUUAACUAUUCAACAAUUAAAUAGUAAAUUAUCAAUAUCCCCAAACUCACCAAUUACACCAUCAACAUUAUUCACACCAACAUUAUCAUGUUCAAAUUCAUCAAUAGGUUGCCCACAAAAAGAAGAAACAUAUGACUUUAGCGUUAUUAGCAAAGAGAGUGAAAUCAAGCAUACUGUUGAAGUUAUUUCAUUUGAUAAAAAAUUUAAUCCAGAUGACGACGAUGUAUUUAUUGACGAUGAUCAAUCAUCAAUUCAACAUAAAAUUACCAUAGAUCCAUUAAAAAUUGAACCAAACUCAACACUUGUAUUUUAUUGUUAUAAUUUAGAAGCCAAAUUCACACACCAUGGCGACGAAAAGAGUAAAAUGCAAGCCGAUCUUUACUCUGAUCAAACUUUAAUCAUCAAAGAUAUCAAUCUUUCAAAAUCAAAAUCACCCCAAACCAUAACAAUUCAAUUUUUGAAAAAACCAAAAUCAAACGAAAAAAGUAAUAUCAUUUUUAUCAAAUUAGAACCAAUUGGGGGUUCCACAAAUAUUCCAAAUUAA